CAAGGGUGAAAGGACGACAAUACCCCGGACUCUCCAGAGAGGGCCACGGCACACCGGCCAUUUAUGGCUGGUGGCUCGUGUAGUCGUGUUAGAUGUAUCUCGCAUUCGCGUUUCAAUAAACUAAAGCUAUAGAUCCAGUUACUCUGUAGUCUGAAUUUCUGGAUUUAAUCAUUACAUUUAUUUUGCAUCCGACACGGAUUGAAGACUGAAUCAUGAGCUGGUGGUGGGCUGGAGCAAUCGGCGCUGCCAAGAAGAAACUCGGUGAAGACGAACAGCCACCAAGUUUCCAGAGCGUGGCUCUUGUGAUUGGCGUUACUGGCAUAGUUGGGAAUAGCCUAGCCGAGAUCUUACCUCUUGCUGAUACACCCGGCGGACCAUGGAAGGUAUACGGUGUCGCUCGCCGUCCCCGACCCGGGUGGAACGCCGAUCAUCCCAUCGAUUAUAUUCGGUGCGAUAUCACGGAUCCAAACGACACCGAAGCCAAGCUCUCCGGAUUGACCGACGUGACCCACAUCUUCUACGUGUCCUGGACCAGUUGUCCCUCCGAGGCUGAGAAUUGCAAGGUUAAUGGGGGCAUGCUCCGAAACGUCUUGCAUGCCGUCAUUCCCAAUGCUCCAAAUCUCCGCCACAUAUGCCUUCAGACCGGUGGCAAACACUACAUUGGCCCAUUCGAGCUAUUCGGCAAGAUCCAACCCCAUGACCCGCCUUUCACGGAGGAUUUGCCCCGAUUGGACGCACCCAAUUUUUACUACACCCAAGAGGACAUUCUGUUUGAAGAGGCAGACAAGAAAGAGGGUUUGUCUUGGUCCAUUCACCGUCCUCAAGCGAUAUUCGGGUUUUCCCCUUAUAGUCUUAUGAACCUUAUCGGCACGCUUUGUGUGUAUGCGGCCAUUUGCAAGCACGAGGGAAUUCCCUUGAAAUUUCCCGGCACAAAAGCGGCUUGGGAAUGUUACUCUGUUGCUUCGGAUGCUGAUUUGAUCGCAGAACAACACAUAUGGGCGGCGGUGGAGCCAUAUGCCAGGAAUGAAGCCUUUAAUUGCAACAAUGGGGAUGUAUUUAAGUGGAAGCAUUUGUGGAAGGUGUUGGCCGAGCAGUUUGGGAUUGAAGAAUACGGGUUUGAAGAAGGUUCUAAUUUGAGGUUGUCGGAGAUGAUGAAGGACAAAGGCCCGAUAUGGGAUAAGAUCGUGGAAGAGAAUAAUUUGCAGCCCACGAAGCUGGAAGAGGUCGGUGACUGGUGGUUUGCAGAUAUUACGUUUGGAGGGGAGGCAAUGUUGGAUAGCAUGAACAAGGCCAAAGAGCAUGGCUUCUUGGGAUUCAGGAACUCCAAGAAUUCUUUUAUAACUUGGAUAGACAAGACCAAGGCCUACAAAAUUGUUCCUUAAUGUGUUGAAUUAAUAGUGUCAGUCUCAGUUGUUUCUGCUUGCCCUGAGAAACAUUUUAAACUAUUUCUGUUAAAUAAGACACAUUGGAGAUGAUGUAUCAUGUUUGUGCUCCUUGAGCAGCAAAAUUAUUUUCCAUCGAUGGGCCUAUUGCAGUCGGAGAAGAGUUUGUAGCUGCAAUUUAUAACAAGCAUAGUUGGAGUUGGUCAUGUACUUCUGUUGGCUGAAAAUGGAAUCAACACAACCUUCCGUGAGGUUAGGAAUUCGAACUUUCUACCAUUUGCCACAUAUUGAAAAGUUGUUGGUUUGAAAGUAUUGAUCUACCCGACAUGUCAUGGGUUCCAAAUUCCAAUGGACAGAGGAAGAUGAGUAAAGAUUAGGAAAAGGGCGUAGGUGAUUAUUAAACAUUAAUACAGGUUAUCUGCUGUAAAUGAACGUUGAAUGGAAAUUAUUGACAAUGAAUCGUGUAGUCUAGCCGGAUAAAAAAGAGUCUGAAGUGCUGUUCUAAAUCUGUAUGUCAAAUACUUUUUGCCCCCGGAGAAGUUGCUUUCUAUGUUUUAUUUAUUUGUCUGA